UUUUCUCUAUGGAUCAAUGGUAGACGAAAACUAAAGUCUUCAAAAUUAAACUGCAAAUUACGACAGCAAAAAUAUCAACAAUAUGCAUUAUUCACUAACAUUUAUUAUUUUUACAUGGAUCUGCAGCUAUAACUAUUACAAACCAGUAUUUGGAUUACCCAUUGAUGAUGGAACAUCUUCUGGCCAGGCUAACUUGCUCCCUAGUAGUGAGACUGAUUCCACCGACGAUAUCAAACCCGAAAGACGUGUAGACAAAAUUGUACGGGAAGCCGAAAAAGCGGUUGAUGAUUACCUGUAUAAAAAGAACUUCAGAUGGUAUAACCCUGGCACAUGGAGAUUUUUAGAUUGGGUGUGGUGUAUUUUGAUAAUUCUUUUGAUUGUUGGUGUAAUAGUUGGAUCUGUAAUAUUGUAUCGUAAAUUUAGUGAGUGAAAUUUAAUAAAAUUAUUGAUUAUCUUUUUAACA